AACAGUAGUGUUUUCAAAGUGUAAAAAUGAACGGUACUUCAGAGAAAAGCCUGGAGGGGGAAUACAUCUUCACAAAUGGAAAAUGGACAAUAUUACUGAAGCCGGUCAGAGUAGCUGGUGACAGCUGCCCAGUGAACAGUAGAAAGGAGAUGACAGCAGAUCAAGUCAGCAAGGGAAUGCAAGAUGACCUGCUCUCCUCUGCCAUCCAUCCUGCCACAUCUGUAGAAUCAUCUGUGCAUGUGGAGUCCAGCCAUGUUGUGGACCAGCAUGGCCAAGUACAACCAAAUACUUCAGCCACAAUGGCAGAUUCAGAGCUGGACAGUACUGCAGAUAUACAAGCUACUGAUACAAUAAUUGAAAAUGUCUUAGAUAUAGACACAGUUCAGCCCCCGGAUCAGACUGUUUCAGUGGGAACAACCUCUAGAUUUGGCAUAGAGGUAGAAGAAGAUGAGGCAAACAUUGGGAAUUUGGACCUAACUGAUGCAACUGAUGCACUAAAUGACACUGGGCAGUUCGGAAAUGAUGGUGCCAGUCUUUCAAGCAUUCAAGCAGAAGGUGACACAGUUUCACAGGGUGAAGAUAUGGCAGAGAGAUCACAGCCUACAGCUGUGAAGAUUCACAGUCAUGCUGAUGAUGUAUUGGAAAGCAUAAAGGAUAAGAAUGUGACUGUGCAACCAGUAGUCUUUGAGCUUUCAGUAUUUCAAGAUGUGGUAGUUGAUGACAGCAGAUCUGAUUGCAUCUCUGAAAGUCAAGAUUUGCCAAAAACAAUAUCAACUGGCUUGAUCAUAAAACCUGACCAUCAAGAUAAUUCUGUAGAGGUUGUGGCUCAAAAUGUUGACCAGAAUUCCUUUGAUCUGGUAUCAAUGAACCAAGAAACCAACAUUCUUGAAAAUACACCACCUACAUUCAGAGCUGUCUCGAGCACAAUCGAUUCUAUACAAACUAAAGAUCAGCCACAAGCAAGGCACCUCACCAGUGAGUCAAGUGCCAUAGCCAACAUACCAGACACUAACUUUGAGAUCGACAGGAUACCUGAAACCCAUCAGGAUGUUAUGACAGGGGUUGACAGUGUGGGCCAAGGGGCAACUGUAUGUAACACAGAGCAAGGCAACCUCAUAAAGACUGACCCAGAAAUUUGUGGAAUAUUUGAAGAGACUGUACACAAUAUUAGCCUUGAAAUAAGUGGCAUUGUGCAGGGUGGUGACUGCCAUAUUGGCUCUGAAAUAAGUGACUCUGCAGUGGAUACACCUUGUAAUCUUCACUCUGAAGUAAGUGACAUUAUUGGGAAAAAGAAAGUGGCUUUUUGUUCAAGUUCUGCACAGUAUACACAUGGCAUUGAUUCUGAAAUAAGUGCCAAUGUAGCUAUGACUGCACAUGACACCGACUCUGACUUGACUGUCAACUAUUCUAGCACAAUGAGUGGAAAAGUUGGGGAGACUGUAGACAGUAUGAGCCUAGAAAUAAGUGGCAUUGUGCAGGGCAGUGUCGGCCAUAUCAGCUCCGAAACACAUGACUCCACAAUGGACAGUUGUUGUAGACUUGACCCUGAAAUUAGGGACAUUGUUGGGGAAGUGGAAGUCAAAAGAACAAUUAGCAACACUGGUGAAGAAAUGUAUCAUGAAAUUAAACGAGAAAGAAGCGACAAUAUUGCAGAGAACACCCUUGUUUCUGAUUCUGAAGUAAGUGACAUUGUAGACGAAACCACCAGUCAAAUAAGUUGUACAGAAGUUGGGGCUAAUCAAAACAUUGUUUCUGAAGUAAACAACGUUAUUGGAAAGUCCCACUUGGAAACUGUAUGUAAUACUGAUUCUAAAAUAGGUCAUAUCAUUGGAGAAUCUAGUAUAUGUGGCAGCUAUUCUGAAAUUAGUAGCAAUGUAGCUACGACUGACUAUUGCACUCUCUGUAAAAUAAAAGACAAUGUAGAGCUGGCUUUGCCCAAUACCGACUCUAAAAAAGAGGACAUAACAGGGAGUAUUAAGCUAAAUUCUGAGUCAGAUGAAUGUGACAGCCCAAAAGAGGACUUGACUGUUGACCAUCCUAGUACAAAUAAGGCGACUCCUGUGCCUGAGAGUGACUCGGAAAUUAGUGAAGUAGCUGAGGAGUCUGGUACAGGUGGUGUUGAGUCACAAAUUGACUCCACUCUAGCUACGACUAACCAUUCCCCUGACUGUAAAAAAUGUGUAGGAUUAGCUGUGCCCAACACUGACUCUGAAAUAGAUGACAUAGCAGUGACUAUUAAGCUAAAUUCUGACUUGGAUGUAUGUAACAGCCCACAAUGGGACUUGACUGUUGACCAUCCUAGCACAAAUAAGGUGACUCCUUUGCCUAAGAGUGACUCAGAAAUGAGUGGAAUAGCUGAAGAGACUGUAGAAAACAUCAGCCUUGAAAUAUGUGGCAUUGUGCAAGACAAUGUCUGCCAUAUUGACUUUGAAAUACAUGAUUCCACAAUAGACAGUGCUUGUAAAUUUGACCCUGAAAUUGGGGGCAUUGUUGGGGAAGUGGAAGUCAAAACAACAAUUAGCAACACUGCUGAAGAGAUUUCUCAUGAAACUGAACCAGAAAGAAGCAACACUAUAGCAAAGAAAACAGAUGAUGCUGAUUAUGAAGCUAGGAACAUUGUAGAAGAGACCACCAGUCAAAUGAAUUGUGAAGAAGUUGAGAAUAGCCAAAACAUUGAUUCUGGGGUAGACAACGUUAUUGAGGAGUCCCACUUGGAAACUGUCAGUAAUACUGGUUCUAAAAUAGGAUAUAUCUUUGAAAAGUCUAGUACAGGUGGUGUUGAGUCAGAAGUUGGUGCCACUAUAGGUCCAACUGACCAUUCCUCUGACAGUGAAAUAAAAGACAGUAUAGGAUUAACUGUGCCCAACACUGACUCUAAAAUAGAUGACAUAGCAGUGAGUAUUAAGCUAAAUUCUGACUCCGAUGUAUGUGACAGCCCAAAAGAAGACUUGACUGUUGACCAUCCAAGCAUAAAUAAAGUGACUCAUGUGCCUGAGAGUGACUCAGAAAUUAGUGAAAUAGUUGAGGAUACUGUAGAUAACAUCAACCUUAAAAUAUGUGGCAUUGUGCAAGACAGUGUCUGCCAUAUUGACUCUGAGAUGCAUGAUUCAGAGCUUGCGGACAGCGAUUGUAAAAUUGACGCUGAAAUUGGGAACAUUGUUAGGGAAGUGGAAUUCGAAACAACAGUGAGCAACACUGCUGAACAAAUGUCUCAUGAAAUUGAACCAGAAAGAGUCCUUGAUACGGGGUCUGAAGUAAGGGACAUUGUAGAAGAAAUCACCAGUCAAAUCAGUCAAGAAGCAGUUGAGACUAUCCAAAACAUUGAUUUUGGAGAAGGCAACAUUAUUAUGGAGUCCCACCUGGAAACGCUAUGUAAUACUUGCUCUGAAAUAGUGUAUAUUGUUGGGGAAUCUAGUAUGGGUGCCAUUGAUUCUGAAAUUAGUAGCAAUGUAGCAACGACUGACAAUUGCACUGACUGUGAAAUAGACAAAGACACCAUACGAGUGACAGAUUCUGAAGUAAGGAACAUUGCAGAAGAGACCUCCAGCCAAAUCAAUUGUACAGAAGUUGAGGCAAAUCAAAACAUUGAUUCUAAAUUAAGCAACAUUAUUGAAGAGUCACACUCGAAAACUGAUUCUGCAAUAGGUGCCAUUGUUGCUACGACUGACCAGUAUACUGACUUAGAAAUAAAAGACCAUGUAGAACUGUCUGUGUCCAACAAAGACUAUGAAAUAGAUGACAAAACAGUGAAUAUUAAGGUAAUUUCGAACAUACGUAAUAGCCAAAGUCAGGACAUGACUAUAGAUUCUAGCUAUAGUUCUAGCACAAACACAGUAAACCCUGUGAAUGAAAUUCCAGUAAUAGUGAUGCCUCAACAGAAACCCGCACUUGAAAUGAACAAACCAGUCACGGUCUGUGACUCCCCAGUCCUCAAAAAUCCAUCUCCCCAGCCCAGUUUAGUCGAGUCCAAUGACAAUAACGUGGAGGGGGAUGGCAACAAUGUGACCAUCUUGGAUCCAGCAAUUCUAAAUUCUAAUGCCAUGCCAGCAGACAGCCUGACUGACUCAACUUUUAAUUUUCUGGCGAACGUCUUGACUCCACCACAGAAUCUUGCUGAAGAAUCUGAUCUAGACAUGCUGUCAUCAACGUUUUGUAGACAAGAAUAUCCUGUGCCACACUUGAUACCGAUGCUCCAGCUGGAAUCAAAGACUUUUCACAGCAAUGAUCCAACAGUUGAUAACCUGACUGAAAAUAGCCCUGACACACAUCUCCAAAUCCCCAGCUUCCCGCACACAUCAAUUGAAAGCCCUCAGAUUAGUGAGGAAGCUGAGACAGACCUGCCACCACAAGAUCUUGGUCACCCACCUGCUGCUGUCCAGGAUUCAGAGGCGGGCUACAAAUGGGUCAAGGGGGAUGUUUCUGGUUCAGAAGUCACAGACGACGCAAGGUACAGCAAUCAGUUGUGGACAGAGGCAGAUGCUGGCCCGUUUCUGGCAUUUGAAGAGGACAAGGGGUCUAUUUUUGAUGAAUGGGGACACACUCCAGACCCCAGCCCACCUAGAGCCUCUCCAGACAACACAAAUCCUUUGGCUUACUCUCAGGGUAGAGAGGCUGUGAUUGGUCAGUUGGUUGGUGACUGGGAACUGCCACCUAUUGAGAGGUGGUCCUCCUCAGACAGCUGGGCUAGCGCUCUCUCAGACUGGUUCCAGUCUGUUAGUGCCUUUACAGAAGAUUCUCCACUUGUUGUAACUACAACGAGUUGCAGCAGUCCUGUCGACUCACUGUGCCUACCUUAUUUGGCGAGCCAGGAUACCACAGAGGAGCAGAAGAGUAGACCAAAUAUCUCCUCUACUUCUGGGCAAAUAUGUCCACCUUCAUGUUCUAUGGAAGCAGGGGAAGACUCCCAGAGCCGAAGAGUGCCAAAGGAUGAUAACUCUAAUGGACUAGUGCAACAGCUGGCAGACAAGGACUUGCAUCUCCACACUCAUAUACAGCUAUAUACUGCCGGUAGUAAGGAUUUAACAGAUUUAACAGUUUUAGCAGAUUCUGUGGUCCCUCAGCAAGAAAAGAACAUGGAGGUAGAGACUGUUAAGCCUUAUGGGGCCUACAUGCCAAAACACAUGGGAUCACAUGUACAAGAAGAGAAAGUCGUAUCUGUGUUGCCUAUGAAAGAUUACUCGAAAGGAAAAGCUGCAAACCAGCAGACCUCUAGGACUAAGGAGAGUGACGCAGUCUGGGGCGUGGCAGAAGACAGGACGUCCCAGCUUUCUCCAGACUUCGAGGAGGAAAGCGUGAGGAACCAUGGAACCCUGAAGGUCUCGGAUUACCCCAACGACAAAAAGCCUACAGCUGAAUCUGUGUGUGGCCCCUGUUUUGAAACAUACCCUCCUCCUCCUUCUCCUUCUCCUCAACUGGGUGGACAUGUGCGUUCUGAGUUGGAACACCUGACGCAUGCUGGUGGGGUGUCACAUUGUGCACAUUCUCGCUCCUGCACCGAGGGGAAUUGGUCACAUGUGAGUUUAUAUACAAAGGAUUCGGAAGUGAGCCAGGGAGAGGGUAGGUCUGGAGAUCCGAUGAGAUUUAUUAUGCCGUUUGCACCAAUCAGUACUGGAACAUCAUUCUACCAUCCUAGUGCCAUCGUUUCUUCAAAACCAUCUCUUAUAGGGCUUACUAAUGAGCUUAGAGUAGAUCCCACAGGUUUUUUACUAGACACAAAGCCGGCAAGCGGUGAGGAAUCCUCAGACGACCAGUUUCACACAUGCUCUGAUAAAAGCCGUGAGCAGACUUCGGCUUCCUCUUGUGUAGACUCAGAGGACUCACAGGAAACUUCUCAUAAAUCUGAUCUACAAAAGGCCAGAGACCUCGGCCAGGAACUUUCCAAACUGAUCUUGCUCUCAGGCCAGCGGUUUAUGGUCUCUGAGAAGAAGCGUGUCGCCUAUGUCACUCUAGACUUGGAUGACCCUCUGAACUUUAAUAAGGACACAAGUCUGAGAUGUGAUCAAGGAGUUCCUUCCUCUGUGAAACAAGCUAACUGUGAGAAAGAACACAACCUACACGCCAACGACGACAACACCAUGCCUCAAAAGACCCCCAAGACCUCCUCAGAGGGGAAAGCACGCUCCAAGCACAAGGUUGACAAAGGAGACUACAGCAAAAUGACUGGUUCACAGCUUGGGAUUCCAAUCAAGAAGCAAGAAAAAGUGCGGCCAGAGCCUCAGGUCGAAGCUGAAAAUGAGUGUCUUGGCUCUGGAGACAGCACGGUGACUGUAAUCGAGACCAUCGUCAUAACAGAGAAAGUCACGCCCAAACCUCAGGGGGUGCAGAAGAAGAAAAAGAAGCCUGGGAUGGCCAAGCCAGAGAGUGAACCCCUGGCUGAGGUAGAGAACGGAGCGAGGCCAAAAGCUACCAAGGUCAAAAUUCAGGGUGCUGAGGAUUCACCAACACCAAAACCAUUAAAAACAGUGAAGGAGAAACCAGCACUGCCUCUUAUCUCUAAGAUAAAUGCUAUUAGCACAGACAGCUCCCUCAAGACCACCGGGAUGAAGCAGCUCAAGGAAACUGAGGCAGUGAAUAAACCCAUCACAGCAAAGAUUGGAAAAACACCAUGUGGCCAAGAGUCCCAAAGCACAUGUCUUCCUAAUGUGCUGGAUGAUGAUGUCAUCAAGCGCAGGCGCAUAUCAGAGGAGAAAUCUGAAGCGGCCCCUAUAAGAACUAGACCACAGCUACCUGCAAUAUUCCGGCAGAAGAAAGAGGAGGACGUGCCCUUUAAGAAGGCAUACAGCGACGUGGUCAAGCAGAAGAUUCAAACACAUAAAGAAGCAGUUGUGGUACCCCAUGUGGUAGCUGAGAUCCAGGCAGCUCCAGUACCUGAAGAUCCUCAGAGCAUCUCUUUGUGGUGCCAGUUCAGCCUGGUGGCAGCAGAAUCCUUCAUCUCGUGGACCAAAGAAGGAAAGAUCUUAACAGAGAUGAAGAGGGGUGCGGGGGAUGACAGUCGUGUCACUCUGUCCAUUCUAAAAGCCUGCAGUAAGGACCUGGGGAUGUACCGCUGCACUCUGACCAGUACCGCUGGUACUGUGUCCACCUCAGAAUACCAUCUCACCUCAGAAGUGCUCAUGGAGCUUGUCCUCCCCAGUCAUGACACACCAGCUGAGCGUCACGAGGUGGAAGGGGAUGAGGAGAGUGUGCACUGUGCUCCUCUGCUCUUCAGGAAUGAUAUCCUGACUGAGCAGUACUUUGGUGACAACCAGGCUGCCAGCAUUGUGACAGAAAAGGCCCACUUCGGGGAGGGAAUGCACCGUAAAGCCUUCAGGACCACUCUGAGGGCCGGCAUGGGACCCGCCUUCAACCCUGGACACCCCUGUGUUCUCAAAGUCCACAAUUCCAUCACCUACGGGACCAAAAACAACGAGGAACUCGUCCAGAAAAACUACAACCUGGCUGUGGAGGAGUGUCAUGUGCAAAACACAGCCAGAGAAUACAUCAAGGCCUACACUACUGCAGCCAAAACCACAGAGUCGUUCGGAGAAGUCCCAGAGAUCAUCCCAAUUUACUUGGUCCACCGGCCGUCCAGUGAUAUCCCGUACGCCACCCUGGAGGAGGAGCUGAUUGGGGACUUUGUGAAGUACUCAGUGAAGGAUGGUAAAGAGAUUAAUCUGAUGAGGAGAGAUUCAGAGGCAGGUCAGAAGUGCUGCGCCUUCCAGCACUGGGUGUAUUCUCAGACUGAAGGAAACCUUCUGGUCACAGACAUGCAGGGUGUUGGUAUGAGGCUGACAGACGUUGGUAUCGCCACAUGCAAGAAAGGCUACAAGGGAUUUAAAGGGAACUGCGCCACGACUUUCAUCGACCAGUUCAAGGCCCUGCACCAGUGUAACAGAUUCUGCGAGCUGCUGGGCCUAACGUCCUUACAGCCCAAACCCAAACGGACAGUAGCCCCACCAAAGCCCAAAACACAGCCUGCGCCCAAGAAAAAGACAUGUGGCCCAGUUCUGAAGAGCAAAUCCUGAUUGGAGAGAAGCCCUUAAUGUAGGGCAUUAUGGGUAAGGGGACUCUUACCCUCAAAGCACUGUACAGCUGCAUCGGGGAAUCCUGACUGAGCAAUGCGAUGGUCUUAGAGACGUUUUAAUACGGGAUACAGAAAGCAUGGGACACAGUUUCCUGAAGAUGGAGCCACUGUGACCACUGAGCUACAAAACAAAGACAUUACUGUAUUUUACUUGCAUAGAGUUUCGGGUAAGUGUACCUACAUAGAGGCUUCAUAACACAUUUAUGAGCAUUUAAUAAUGUAUUUAUAAAGCAUAGUGGUAUUUGUUUGUAUUAAUGAUUUUAAGAUCCUCAAACUAAAGUGGUAACACAUUUAAUUUAUAGUGCCUUAAUUAAGCACAAUUAAUUGGUUAUUGGAAAUGUUCUUUCAUGCUUUAAAUUGCUGUUUUUUCUCUCUCACAAACCAUAUUUUUUAGGUUUUAAAUAUGAUAUGUAACACUUAUGCAUGUUAUAUUAAUGCAAUCUCAUUUAUUUAAUCCAAAGUCUUAUGCCAUGUUGCUUGAGUAUUUAUUUAUGAAGCACUAUUUGAAUAUUUUUGAAUUCACAUAGAUACAUUUUAAGAGAGGGAAAACUAUGAUAUAAGGCAUGAAAUAGCAUAUUUAAUACAUAAUAUGUCCAAGAAAUUCUACUUAAUAAAGGUGGUAUUAAUAGUUAAUGUUACCACUUCAUUUUGCAGGCUUCAGAAUCAUCUAUAGAACUGACAUGCAACGUUUGUAAAUGGCUUUGAGAAUAACGCUUCAUAACGCUUCAUUGUUAUAUUAAAUGAAGCAUAUAUAUUUAUUACUUUAGUGUAAAAGCUUCAAAGCACUGGAUAUUUGAAUAAUCAGUAUUGAACCAUUUAAGGUGGUCCUAAUGUUAUGCUUGAUUGUUAUCCAUAGAUUUCUGAAUUAAUAAAUACAUAAAAUAAAUUAAUAUAAAAUGUGAACUUUAUCACUUUCACAGGUUAUAUCUCCAUAUCAUAUAUACAUAAGAUAUACAUAAUCAUAUUACGAGUAUUGACAUAAGCUAUUUAUAAAUAUUUAAAUUGUUGCUUUCUACAUACAUUAUUUAAUGCUUAUGAAUGUGCUAUAAACUAUCGAUGUAGUUAGAAUUUAAAUGUGUUUAAAUGUUACCGAGUUACAUGGUUUGCUGUGCAUACCCAGUAUUCAGGGAAAUUAAUGUCACAGAAAUGACGUGAAAGUACCUGUUAAGUAGAGUGUCAUCAGAUACAGUCAAACAGCAAAAUUGUUUUUGCCACUUUUGCAAUUUGAUGUACAUAGUAUACUUUAUUGCAUAAACUUAAAAAAUGUGUUAUUUUCACUGUUAUUUUGACUUAAAUAGUAACUUACGAUAUAAUGCUGACACUUCAAUGCAACUUAAAACACAUUGUAUCUCUAAUGCUAUAGUGUAGGAUUGGAUUAAGCAAGUGAAGUAAACUUUUGUGUUUAAACUGUAUAACCCUUACACACUGUAACCUGAACAGCUGCAUCGGGAGAAUGUAAAAAUUUGUACUGUAACAGAAACUUAAAUAUUGUUUAUAUUUUUUGAUUGUUUAGAAGGAGGUGUACAUAUUUUUGUAAUGCCUACAUAGUCAUCUCAAAAAUGUCUUUGAUUUUCUUUCUUUUUUAUAAUACUUUUUGUUUGUUUUACCUCUCUUUUUAUGUAUUUGAGAGAUAUUGCCAGUGUACUGAGAUGCACCAUGUUUUAUCUGAAAGCUCAUUUUUUAAAGGAGCUGGUUGAACCUAUUAAAAGACAUUAUUACAGAUGUAUUAAUCAGCUAUUUUUGUAGUAUAAAAUGGAUAUCUGUUUGGUGCAAUUGAAAAUUUUAAUGCUUACCUGUGGCCUGUCUGAACAAGUCACAGAUUAUUAUAGAAAAAAUGGAUAAUAAAUGGCCCCAUAAAUAAAUUACUAAAUAAAUAAGCAA